GCACAACCUGCUGGAACGAUGGGUCGUCCUGGAUAUCCUCCUAUGCGCCCUCCACCCUACAAUCCUAGACCAUACGGUGCUCGUCCACCUGGGCCUAUUGUACGUCGCCCACCUUCUGGACCUCCUAUACUUCGUCCACUUCCUGGACCUUCUGUACCUCGUCCACUUCCUAAACUUGGACUUGUAAAUUCUGGAAAACGAUAAUUCAAAU